AUGAACACCAAAAAUAUAGUCAUUCUCGUAGGUUUAUUUCUGUGCGAUUUGUGUGAAUCAAAUAAUAUCAAAGACGCAAGAAAAACUGGAAGAAGCAUCUUAGGAGGACCGCUACCGAAAUGGAGGGGCUACAUAAAAAAGGCGAAUUCUGACCAAAAUCCUGAACCCAGAUUUUGGCCCCCAGUUCAAAAGGAAAGUCGGUUCCUUUCCUUAUUCACGGUGGUAACAUUUCCUAACGGCGGAUGCGCCGGCGCAUCGGGCGACAACGGUACUUGCAUGACUGCGCGAGAGUGUUCUGCGCGCGGUGGAUCUGCCAAUGGUUACUGCGCUAAUGGCUUCGGACUAUGCUGCAUUUUCAUGACAUCUUGCGGCAGUACGACAUCGGAAAAUGGGACUUAUUUCGUCAACGCAGGGUAUCCUUCUUCGUACGACGGCACUGGAUCUUGCGAGCUCACCAUCAUUAAGUCACACCCUGAUGUCUGCCAGAUCAGGUUGGACUUCAAUCGCUUCACAAUAUCGGGCCCCGAGCCUUUGAAUCACGUCUGCAAUCAGGACCAGUUCAUCGUGUCUGGUGGUAACCCUGUUCCUGCAAUAUGUGGUGUGAAUCAAGGCUGUCACAUGUACAUCGAUGCCGGAGUCGGUACAACGAAUCCAGUAAAGCUCACCUUCGUCACCAGUGGCAACUCUUUCGAAAGGAUAUGGAAAGUGAAGGUCACCCAGAUUCCGUGCAGUACAAUUUAUAAAGCUGAUGAAGGUUGUCUACAAUACUACACCGGCGUGUCUGGACAACUUCGUUCCUUCAACUAUGAUCCGGCUUCAGGAUUGCAACUCAGCAACCAAGACUACGGGAUAUGUAUCAGGAUGGAGAGGAAUUUCUGCGGUAUCCAGUAUACUGCUUGCCCUGACUCAGUGAACAACCGUUCUCGAGCAUUCACACUUAGCGGUAAUAGCAACACGCCAGUAAACUCUAUGAUCGGCUCUGGUGCUGGAGCGAACGUUUGCGCCAAUGACUGGCUAUUGGUGCCCUGCGCUGCCAAUGUCGGAAGACUUUCUCCUGCCCAGGCUCUUUGUACGGACAGAAUCUGCGGCGGCACUUUUUCGGCGGACCUUUCUAUGCAGUCAUCGAGUGUGCUAAGCACUGUAAAGCCGUUCCGCCUUUGGUUCCACACUGACAACGUAGAGGCUCCAAUUGACAUCGACAACAGAGGUUUCUGCCUCAACUACGUCCAGCAACCGUGCACCAACAACGUCGUUUGAUUGAAGAGCUAAAGAGCACAGCUUGUACGACCCUUGUACUAUUUGAAUAGUACAAGCUAUACCCGCGAUUUCCUGCGAGCAAACGUGUAU